AUGUUCCUGGUCGGACUCUCGGGUGGAAUCGCGUCAGGGAAGAGCACCGUGGUGGCCGUACUCCGGGAACUGGGCUGUGCCGUGAUUGAUGCCGAUGUUAUUGCCAGAGAGGUGGUGCAGCCCCACUUCAAGGCCUAUCAGCAGAUAGUGCGUUACUUUGGCAGCAAGAUCCUCUUGGAGAACGGAGAGAUAAAUCGUGAGGCUCUAGGAAACAUUAUCUUCUCCCACCCGGAGAAACGGCAGCUGCUGAACUCCAUCACCCACCCGGAGAUCCAGAAGGAGAUGCUGAAGCAGAUCUUGAAGUACUUUGUGCUAGGCUACCGCUACGUGAUCCUUGACAUCCCUCUGCUCUUCGAGACCAACAGAUUGACCAAGUUUAUGAAAUACACGGUCUUGGUUUAUUGCGACCCGCCGACGCAGCUCUCUCGGCUGAUGAAGAGGAACGGGCUGUCCCAGGCGGAGGCAGAAGCUCGCAUCACCUCCCAGCUGCCGCUGGACGAGAAGCGCAAAUUAGCGAGUCACAUCAUUGACAACUCCGGGGACCGGGAGAGCACACGCCGGCAGGUCCUGAGGCUGCACAGGCCUGAAUUUCCAGGUUUGAAAAGGGCAAUGAAAGGCCACUUCUUUUAAUGAGCUUUGCCAGCUGAAUGCAGACAGCGGCGUGAGGCGUCUCCUUGCAGACUUCCCAAGGUGAACGU